CUAACAGUCCAAAUGUUCCUGAACACCUUGCACCGGGACCUGCGGUUACUUCUGGAGCCACCAGAUGGCACCAAAGAGCACCCGGCUACCACCUGCUUGGAGUUGUGGCUCUGCCAUCCUUACCUCACCAACGGGUUCUAUUACAUUGAUCCUAACCAAGGCAGUCCUGCUGAUGCCUUUGCAGUUUACUGCAACUUCACUGCAGGAGUGAAGACCUGCCUUUCUGCCCGCAAUGCUCAGGUACCUGAGAAGGCCUGGCUGAAAGACACAGGGUCGGGAGAGACCUUCCACUGGCUGAGUACUUUAGAGAAUGGCUUUGAGUUUGAGUACCCAGGAGCAAGUGUGGUGCAGCUCCGCUUCUUAAGACUCUACAGCAGAUCUGCCACUCAGAACGUAACCUAUUCCUGCACUCCAGGCAGUAUCCAGAGCCACCAGGAAAGAAAGGUUCACUUCCUGGCUGAUACACGAAAGCAUAGUUAUUUGAGAGUACUAAAUGACUGCGAGCAUUCUGACACAAUGCAGUCUGGGCUACGGGAGUCUGUGUUCCACUUCGAUAGCGAAGACCUGGAUCUCCUUCCCCUCAGAGACCUGGCUGUGUUUGGCGGCAGUAAUUUUACCCAGAAGUAUGGAUUCACCAUUGGGCCUGUCUGCUUCUGUUAGGGGGGCUUCUCAGGCCUUCAGUGGGUUUUUGGCCACUAUGAAUAAGACCUGCAGAAACUAUGAAGAAGGAACAAAGAUCCCUUUUCUCUAAAGCCUUUGUCACCCAGUUUCUUUCAGGCAACCAGAGUGCAGUAAAAGUAAGAAUAACAAGACAUCUCUUUAUUUAUUUUCCAUCCAUUCUUUUGGCUUCAAGAGUUGGAUUACAUUGUUUUUGUAGGACUCACAAAUGACUCUUUCGGCUUACCAAGACUUUCAAAUAAUUACGCUGAUUUACAAUGUUGGGGAGUACCGAGUUACAUGUAAUUAAACUAUGAGGACUACAUUUGGUACUUCCUCAGCUUCAAGAGUAUUUGCAUAGUGUUUGAAGUAGUUAGAUUACAUUUUUUGCCAUUUUUUUUGUGUAGUUAAUGAAACUCCAAACACUUUUGGGCCAUAAAAGUAAAGGGAUGUUUUUUAUUUUUAUUUUUCCAUUGCUUCUCUAUGGUUAGUAAUUGAACCCCCUUUGGGCCCAUUUCCCUUUCAUCCACACCGCUGUGAAGGCAUGCCCAGGCAAUGCAUUUGCCAGGCUGCCAAGAGGGGCCUUUGUUUCACACAGCUAAUAUCGCACUUUGCUAACAGAGCAUAACGUCAUGGAAACACCACCUGCCAAACCUCAGCCUCAGCAUGAGGAAAAACGCUGGAGAUCUCUUCCACAAUCACUCACAGGUUCACAUGCACCUGCAUUACGUAUGUUUAAAAUUGUCUGCUUAAUACACAUGCUGAAAGACAUGCUACGGCAGAAAGUGUGUCUUUAUUUGUGUAGACGCAAACUGAAGUUAAGUUAAGGCACUUUUUGCAAUAAAAUCAGAGUGGCAUUUCUGCUUGCGUGUGAUUUUUUUAAUUAUAGUAUUUUAUUAUAAUUUCGUAUCACAUGCACUACUGCAUUUCUAGUUUGAUCACUUUUUUUUUUUUUUUUACAUUUACAUUUACAUUUACAGGAUUUGGCAGACGCCCUUAGCCAGAGCGACUUACAGAGCGACUUUUUUACUAAGUCGUUUCGACUACUUAUCUAAGUAUUUUCUAAGAUUUCUCCCAGUGAAGUCACUGGUAGCUGUAAAAGCUGUGCGGUUGCAGUAGUUUCCCCAAGAACGCCGAUGUCUGCAAAUGUUUUUGUAUAUUGGUAUCUUUUGCUACUUCAUAGGUGUACAGUUUAUUCAGUAAAUUCUGCUGCAGGUAUAUUUUUAAAAACCAUGGAGUCUGCUAUUUGUAUGAUUUUACCUGAAAGUUUUUAAUGAAGGAUUCUGAAUUAGUGCAGUACAGAGCAAAUGACUGAAAUGUCAGAGAAAGCAGGAAUGUCACCUCUGUCUUGCUAUGCAAGUUACUUUGGAUGAAACUUUCUGCUAAAAAAAAUCAUUAAACAGUAUAAUUCAGUCUGUAUAAAAACAACUCAGUAAUGUAAUGACUGUGUGUCAUUGUGACAUAAUUCACACAUUUUACAUGUUGGUGUUUGUGCCAAAUGGUUGUCUCCUUAUAAUCAGACAUGUUUUGCAGGUAAGACGCUACAUGCCAAGUAACAUAUAACAUCUCACCACAAUAAAUGUAAUGUGACCUAAUUUACUGUUGUCAUUGUAUUGCAGCAAAAACAUGUCUAACUGCAAUGUCAUGUUAAGCAGGAAUUAAAGAAACUGUCUGUAACAUGCGUAUAAUUUUUUCUGGAAAAAAAUUUUAUGUUUGUAAAUCCAAAUGUUUGUAACUGAUUUUAUUAUGACAUUCUGAUUAUAUUUAUACUUACAUCUUAGAUUAGCUUAUCUGCCAAAAAUCGUAGAAAUUUGCUUUUACAACAUAACUCUGUUACAUAUACUGUAAACAUGUGCAAUGUUAAUAAAUCAGAAUUGAAAUCUAUAUUGAACAUUUUACACUUGAAAAAGAAAUCAUUUUGUCGUUGAAAUAUACUCAGUUUUUAACUUUUUAACUUUGUCAGGAACCUCUAUUUAAACAGAAUACAUUAUAACAAAAUCAAGGCAAGGCAAGGCAUGCCCAGACAUGCAAGGCAAGAUAAGACCAAUUCAGUUUAUUUAUAUAAUUCUCUUGAGGUUUAUUUUACCAUAAUUUUUUAUUGAAAACGAGAGGUAUGCUGUCAUAGGAAAGGUCCAGAAAGCCACAGCAAAGAUAUUGAAACCAAUCUUUUCAUGUAUAAGGAAGCAUAACAAGGUAACCAAGAGGUAAUAAACAAAUUGGAUGAUAAAUAAUUGUUUUGAGGGUAUUUU